GGAGUGCGUGAGCUCUGCGCAAUGAGAACUGCAGGUAGUCCGCCAUUGCUGAAUGAAGAAGUCUCGGAUUUGGCGUUUGGCUGUCAACAAUAAACUUGCGGUGCUGGAGCGGGGCUGCGAGGUCGAGUGAAAGCUCGUCGGCUGCUCCUGUAACCGUUGGUCACCCCCGUCCCUCCGUGGAAAUUACUUUCAUGUGAAUACAGAGCCCACGGACGAGGCAACCAUGUCCAAUCUCAGCAAAGGCGGCACCAAGAAGGACACCAAAAUGAGGAUACGGGCCUUUCCUGUAAGUGUACGCCGCUGUAGGUGCGCCGUGUGCCCGGCAGACGUUGACUCGACCCCGCGGUCUGCUGUGCUACAUGCUAGCAGGCUAACCAGCUGAGCAGCAGAGAUGACUUUCCUUUACGUAAACACAGACUAUCUGUUAAAAACCCGGUUUAUCUAACUGCUCUGUAGUAAUAUAAUUUCAUCGCUAAUGUUAAUUUAUCACUUUGAUAAUUCACAACGUGACAACACCUCUCAACUCCUCAGACAUCAGCUACCUGGAGAUGUCGACAUAGCCGAUGCUAACGUUAGCCCUGGCCGUUGACACUUGUUGUUUUGAAAGCUUAUGUGUCUCUGUGUGAAAAACCUGUUGUUUUAACGUCUUAUCUUCUCAAUAUUACUGACAUUUGUGCGCUGAAAUGCUGGUAAGCUUUUCUUUGCAAGUAGCACCAGCGUGACUGCAGCUUUAGACAGAUGCUAACAAAAAACAACCUACCUUUUCUAUCGAUGGUUUAUCUGGAACAACGGCUUUAAAUUAGAGGUUUAACCCCCGUUUCUCUUUGUAUUUCGAUGCAGUAACUAUGAUUCAGGAGUCUGAUCUCCACCUGAAGCUCCUUUUUGUCUGAAAGUCAUUGAAAGACCUCAUUUAAGAACUGACCUCAUUCUGCUUUAACGGAUAUUUCAGCCUGCUGUGAGGGAGUGGAGGUUCAUCAUCAAUAUGGGCUUUUUACUUUAUCCUGUUGAUUCAUUUCUACUGUGGUGCCACCAGCUUACAUGAGUUGUAUCAUGGAGGCCAUUUCUUACCUAUGAGAGCCUGUUGAAUGUGGCCCAGUCCUGAUAGUGGCUUGCUGGAAGCAGCAUCUUGACAUGCAUGUGUUUGGGCUUGUCUACUGAGAAAGCAGCACACACUGUUCCUCCCCACUUGUGGUGUUAUUAAUUAAGUUCUGAGUCCACAAAUAUGCCAAGGUUGAACUGCUUCAAUAUUCGGUCUUUAACAGUUUUAUUAGAAAAGCACAGCAGCAGCUAAGUGCUGUGCAGAACUACAUGAUUUUCACACACACUGUUAGCUGUGGUUAGUAAACUUGAAAAACCACAUUUCAUAGUAAUUCACAGUAUCCUGUCUAACUGAACCCCACCUUAAGAGUGUGCUGACCAGUCACAACAUAGAAUAGAAUAUGAUUCAACGUUAUUGCCAUUGCACAUGCAGUGCAAUGGAAUGCAGUUUGCAUCCAUCUAGAAGUGCUUAGCAAGUAUAAAUUUAUUAACCAAUGUACAUGGUAUAAAGGAGAUACAUGAGUAUAUCACAUGUAUAUAAUAUUGUUGUGAAUGUGCUAUAAUUAUAAGUAUAUAGGCUGUAGUAGUGUAUGUACAGGCUAUGAACAGAUUAUACACAUGGUUAUAAAUAUGAAGGCCAUAAACAGACUAUAAAUAUAAGUAUAUGACAGAUAAAUUAUGUAGUAGUGCAAUAUUGGAUGUAUUUACAGUUGUGCAAAUGAGGUUUGAAGUUGGUUUACAGAAAUAAAGUGCAGGUAAUUGUAGAUAGUUGUAAGUGUUAGUUCAGUGGUUGUGAGUGUGUGUGUGUGUGUUCAGUCCAUGAGUGUUAAUUUAAUCGAACACCUUGGCAAUCAUUGUAACCUUAUACAACAGUCCUAUCCUAAACUCUGCUUUUACACUGCUUUUGCAUUUUCAGUUUUGAUGACAUGAUCAGACAGGUGAUUGGUUUUUAAAUUAAUUGUUGAAGUUGUAGUGGGUGUUGAUGGUGUACUGUAGUGCAGUAUUGAAUGCAUUUAAAUAUAAGGAACAACUUCAGAUAUAACACUGUCCACCACACUAUCACCACCUACUUCUCACCUACAUACAUCUUAAGUGUUUGUCGAGUACAACAACCACCCGUCUGAAAUGUAGAGACUUCCUAAAAGUAGACUUUAUGGUAGAACUCUUGUAUUGGAUUACUCAGUUUUAAUAAUGUCAUGGCUGGUCAGUGAAUUUCACUGAUACUGCCUUAGUUUUAGUGUUAAUUAAGAUGGAGUUUAGAGAAAUCUAUGGGGUUGGAUAUUUUCUUCAACAAUAUUUUUCUUAUUUGAUGUUUCUUGUUAUUUCCUCUCUGUACAUAAUAGUAAACUAUUAUAGCAAAAACUGAGUUGUGGAGAAAUUUUCAAAGAUGAGAGAGAUGAAGCAGGUGGACGCAACCAAACAGACCUGGGAUGCUUACACACCUCAGGAUAUUUCAAGGAAUUAAGAAAUAUCUCUUGUUUCGAAACCCUCUGUUGGAAUGAAAUAACGAAAUUGUUUAAUAUGUUUCAGCUAAACAGUCAGUUUUAUUUAGUAGAGGAUUAAAGAUUUGUUUUGCAAACAUCAGCAUUCAAAAUACACAGUGAGGGUAAAGAUGUGUCUUGUAGCUGAUAAUAGGGCUGGGCGAUAAAACGUUAACGAUAUAUAUCAAACAUCAAUUUCCCUCAAUAUCAAUAUAAAAAAUGGUCAAUUUGCUUUUCACUAGUUGGCAUUCUGCUAUGUUUUGGUAGACUGUACCAAUAGCCAAUGUAAAGGGGAGUUGCUCCGGGUCCGCUUCGCGCUGAACCAAUCAUGUGCUGAAUUAGAACCAAGUAGCAAACAACUGCGUAGUAGCAGGCUGCAGCUAUGCUAAAGAUUACAAACCUCGAGCGGAGCAAGGAGCCCAAACAGCCGACCAUUCAGUCCGCUUUCUCAAUCACAACACCUUACAACAAAACAUCGAAGAGACACAAAGACCUCACAGAUGCAGUAGCUUAUUGUAUUGUAAAAGACAUGCUUCCAAUAAACACUGUUAAAUUGAAUUUUUUAUAUCGCGAUAUCGAUAUCAAUAUUGACUGAUAUGGAAAAAAAUAUAUAUGGUGAUAAACUUUUCCCAUAUCUCCCAGCUCUAUCUGAUACAAUAGCUUUAAUGUUGACCUUUGGGUGAGAAGCAGAAAAUUGCUAGUUUGAAGCUGGAAAACCCAAUUUGAUUGAAACAGCAAACCCUAACAUCAACCAGAGUGAACAACACGAACAGUCGAACAUGUUGAGAUUUUUAAGGGCGUACGGUGAGCCUUUUUGUUUACAACUUUUUCAUAUAUCCUCACAGCAAGCCGUGAGUGAGAUGAGCAAAAGCUAAAAGAAAUUUAAUGCCUCCGAUCAUUGCAGGAUUUGAAACAGUCACAGCUCCGCCUGGGUACUUAUUGUGAAUGAGGACGGAGACACCUCCACUCACUAAAAGUAGUAAACAAGCUGCACAAAAACUAGAGGGAGAGGUAGAUUGUUUUAGUAAAUGCUGACAGUGAUGUGUUGACUCUUUACCUGACUCUUGGCCUCUCACUGCACCUAGAUGAGACAGAGAAUGUGUUUAGCCUUUAAACAUACCUGCUAUCUCUGUAUCUCUGUCUGUGCCUGUUUAUUUCCACGUUUCAUUCGAACAUCAUAUCAGGUCAAAACGUUCUCCUCCAAGAUAUUAUCAGUUUUAGUAAGACGUGUGAUCAGAGAGCAAAGAUGUGGGAGUUUUUUUGGAGAAUAUAGUGUUUGAGGCAUUGGUAAUCUGCCAUUUCAGAUAAAGCAUGAUGUUUCCUCAGUGGUUUAUUCUUAAUCAGGUCAAAUAAAUGAUUAAAUAUUGAGCAUUUAGGAUAAAGAUUCAGUGUGGACAUUUGCUGAACCUGUUGUGAUUAAUGGACAGCUAUGAGGAAUAGUGUUUCUUCCCCACCGGGUGGAGGUCUAACUGCGUUAGCUACUUAACCUUGGAAGAAGACCCUGAGUUGUUAGUUUUGGUCAAAAUAAUCCUCUAAUUCGACCAAUCUGUGGCUCAAUUUUCAGAUGACGAUGGAUGAAAAGUACGUCAACAAUAUCUGGGACCUUCUGAAGAAUGCCAUCCAGGAGAUUCAGCGGAAGAACAACAGCGGCCUGAGCUUUGAGGAACUGUACAGGAACGCCUACACAAUGGUGCUCCACAAACACGGAGAGAAGCUGUACACGGGCCUGCGGGAGGUCGUCACUGAACACCUUAUCAACAAAGUAAGACUCACACAGAUCACGGUGGUGAGAAAAACUCCAAGUGAAUUUUUAGGGUAACACGUACAGUACUUUCAUGAAAAUAUAUGAACCUCUGUGAUAAACACACCUUACUUUGCUGCAGGGGUAUUGAAAUUUCAUGCGGAUCCUUUAAAUAAAGCUAGAUUAUUUUUAAUAAAUUCAAUUAUGUACCACUGCAGGCAACUGUGCUUCUUCCCCCUAUCAAAGUAAGUUAUAUCAAAAUGAAAAGUGCUCCUAUUGAGCUUGUUCAAUUUGGUACCUGCAGUCAGGCAUUUGUAUUAAAGUUUAGGCAGUGAGUCAUUUCUUAGAGUAUCAUUCAAACAUGCUCGAUACUCACGUUUCUUCUUUAAAUUAAAGUUCUCCUCUUUAUGACCAUGCUUAAGGCAGGAAAUAUCAGCUCUGUAACUGGAGAUUUUUGGAUUGUGUUUAAUUAAAGCUGGGUUGUCCAUCGUCUAAAGUCUGCAAGGGUUAAGCAAGUUUUUAUAUUCAUCUAACUGCUUUGCAUAUACCUCACUAUGCAAAAAAUGUAUUAAAAACACAAUGUUAUCUCUAUCAGACAGCUGGAGAAUAUCACCUUAGGGAUGUAAAGUAAGUCUUGAAAAUGUCAAAUUUGCUUACCUUCCCUUUAGACUUACUCCUAACUGGGUUCUUUAUUUGUGCUCGGCCGUACCUGGUCUGUGUUGGUGGGCAGGUCUGUGAGUUGUGAUUUCGUUCAGGGUUAUCAGCUACUUACUAUCAUAUAGAAAAACAGGUUUUACCUUGCCUGUUAAAGGAGUGAAACGAUGUGUUUUUAAGUGACAUAACUUACAACUUGAAUUAGCUCUAUAACUCAAGCACUAUUUGUUUUCCAAUUCCAUCUGAGAAGUGAUGGACACGUAUCUUUAAUAGUUGACAUGUUUUUGUUGCACAUCAUCAGUAGCAAAUUAAGUUUGGCCUUGAAAUCAGUUGUAAAUGCAUCUAUGCAAUACAUCAUCCGCCUGCUGUUGAGUAUCUGCCAGGAGAGUUUUACAUAUUAAUUGACUUCACAUAAUCAACUUGGCAAGGCUUAACGAAUUAGCAUUCAGGAUACGUCAACAAGUAACAGCUCAGAGAGAGCGAUGUGAUACCUGAGUGUGUUUUUAUGAGCAAGCACUGAACAAGUGAUCACUUUGAUGAGAAGAAAGCUUCAUCCUGCUCAAAUCUACAAACUGUCCUCAGACACUUCAGACUAAAAGAUGGAAAACUACUCAAAGAUAGUUUCUCUCUGCGUCUUGUUGGACAACACAGAUGUACUUUUGGCUUUCUCCUCAGGGACCUUUGUAUCUUCUAUUGCUGUAAGAGCGUUUAGAGGCGACACUUGUAAGAGGUGGUGCACACAGUUCAUCAAAUGCAGAAAACUUCUUGCUUCUAUGGUCAAUUUAAAUUCUUCUUAUGGUCAGUCAGUAACUCUGAAAAACGGCAAAAUACACAUCCCCACAAGUCCUUCCCAGUGUGAGUAGAAGCAGAUAUGAUAAUUCAUCCUAUCUGUCCAGUAGUAUAUGAAAGGGGAGGUUGAUAUGACCUUAUGAGUCUAACUCCACAGUGACAUUAGUAGUGCUGAGUCACACUGCAGUGUGACUUUUAUCAGGCUGUUUUAUGCCUGGCUAGCUGAGAAAAGGUGUUAAAGAAGCAGCAAAGUAGAAUCACAAUGAGAGUACUUGAAUAACAAAUCCAAAGUGUAAGUGUCCGAUCAAUCUGGGAGACUUUUUCCUUUUUCUCUACUCAGUCACCACAUUGCAGAACCCAUUGUAGUGUCUCAUGCUCGUGUGUUUGUCUUCUUAAAAGGUUCGAGAAGAUGUCCUCAACUCUCUAAACAAUAACUUCCUCCAAACACUAAAUCAAGCCUGGAAUGACCAUCAGACAGCCAUGGUGAUGAUCAGAGACAUCCUGAUGUAUAUGGUGAGUCACAUGAAACGCACGUGUGUGUGACACAGCUUAAUGGAAGCACACAUCAGUGAGGAGAAGAGAGCCAAGAUACAAAAGUGACUUUUGGAUUGUACACUAGAUACACUCAUUAUUCCUUUUAUCUAUUUGAAUAAAACAUGAUGUCAUCUUCAGAGUUUCUGGUGCAUAAAUGGAGUAAUUUGCAUAUCAAGGCUGAGUGCCAACAAUUUAAGGAAUACAGGUGCAUCUCAAUGAAUAAUGCUAUCAUCAAAAUUUGUUUUAUUUCAGUAUUCAUCAGACACAGACUGAUAUUUUUUAAGUGUUUAUUUCUUUUCAUUUUAAAGAUUAUAACUUAGAGUUAAUAAAAACCCCAAAUUCAGUAUCUCCAAAGAUUAGAAUAUUAUGAAGAAGUUCAGUAUUUGAGACUCAUGAUGUCACACCCUAAUUAGAUGAUUAACUCAAAACACCUGCAGCAGUCACCUGGGCCGUUAAAUGGUCUGUCAGUUGGGAUCAGUUGGCCACACAAUUAUAGGGAAGGCUGCAGACUUGACAGUUUUCCACAAGAUUAUUGUCAACACCCAGCAAAAGGAGGGUCAGACACAGAAGUUCAUUGAUAAAGAAGCUGGCUGUUCACAGAGUGCUGUAUCCAAACACAUCCAUGGAAAGUUAAAUGGAAUUAAAAAAUAUGGUAGAAAAAGGGGCACAAGCAACAGAGAUAACUGCAGCCUUGAGAGGAUUGUAAAAUGAAGUUCAUUCAAGAUUUUGAAGAAGAUUUACAAGAAGCUGACUGCUUUUUGAGUCAGUGCUUCCAGAGCCACCACACGCAGACGGAUACAGGACAUGGACUUCAACUAUCACAUUCCUUGUGUCAAACUACCCCUGAAACAAAGACAACGUCAGAACUGGACUGUUGCUCAGUGGUCCUAAGACCUCUUUCCAGAUGAAAGUCAAUCUUACAUUUCUUUUGGAAAUCAAGGUCCCAGAGUCUGAAGGAAGAGAGGAGAGGCACAGAAUCCAAGGUGCUUCAGGUCUAGUGUAAAGUUUCCCAGUUACGUUUCAGAGCACUUCAUGCUUCCCUCUGCUGACCAGCCUUAUGGAGCUGCUGAUCUCAUUUUCAAGCAGGACUUGGCACCUGCCCACACUGCCAAAAGUACCAAUACCUGUUUUAAGAACCAUGGUAUUCCUGUGAUUGACUGACCAGCAAACUCAUCAAACCUUAACGCAGAAGAGCUGAGGGCCGCUAUCAGAGCAAACUGGACUUAGCUUUACGUUACAAUCAUCAAAAUGAAAAGAAAUAAACACUUGAAAUCUAUCAGUCUGUGUCUUAUAAAUCUUUAUAUUUGGGUAUCACUUUUUGAACUGAAUUCCUGAAAUAUAUUAACUUCUUGAUAUUAUAAUUUAUUGAGAGCACCUGUACAAAAACCACCCAGUGUGAAUACAAUUAAAAGACUUUUAGCUACUUGAACUUAGCAUGAAUGCUUAGGAUUUGGGAAAAACUAAUGUUUUGGAAACCCGGUCAAAUGUGGUGCUGCGUGACUGUGACAUUAUAAACCUCUGUUCACACAAAUCGAUAGCCCCUGCCUCGUCAUCAGACCGCACCUACGGCUCAAUAAUCACUUAACUUUGCUUGAUGCUAGUUUGAGGAAUGGCUUUGAAAACAUGCUGUAUUAUUUUCACUCUGAGGCGUUCUUCUCGUUAAAUCACCUCCAUAGAAAAUGACGGACGCAAGUCUGCAAUAGAAAUGACUCUCAUCUUGGAGUGAUUUUAUCUAAAUACCUGUUGUGAUGUCAAAUCAUGUGAGGUAAAAGCUUGGGUAGGAACUGUUGCUGACACCUAACUAACGACAUGACAACACAUCACACAUCAUUAAACAUGAAUUCAAGUGCAUUAAAGAAACCGUCUGUUUGGUACCCAAUGUUGCCUUGAUCAUUGACUCUACUCUUUUCUGUGUGUCCCACAGGACCGCGUGUAUGUACAGCAGAACAACGUAGAGAAUGUCUACAACCUAGGUCUUAUUAUUUUUAGGGACCAGGUGGUUCGCUAUGGCUGCAUCAGAGACCACCUGCGGCAGACCCUGCUGGACAUGAUCGCACGAGAAAGGAAGGGAGAGGUGGUGGACAGGUAACACUUCAAAGCGCUGAUUAGUAUUAUUCCCUCAGCUUUCUGUGUUUGAAUUUCAAAGUUUGUGUUUUGAUCAAAAAUCCAGAUAUUUAGUUUUUUGUGUCUAGAAUAAAAGUUUUUUUUAUUCUUCCAGUUUUGAUUGAUCAUGUGGUAAUAAUCGCUCUGCUUCUCCAGGGGGGCUAUUAGAAAUGCUUGCCAAAUGUUAAUGAUACUCGGCCUUGAAGGGAGAUCUGUUUAUGAGGAAGAUUUUGAGGCGCCUUUCCUAGAAAUGUCUGCAGAAUUUUUCCAGGUUUGUCCGAGAAUGUCAUUCAAAUGUCUGUUCAUUAUUAAGGUUAAAUUAGUUGCUCAUCAGUUGUAGGUGGUGCAAAAAGAUAUUAAUCUUAAAUCUAUGAUAUUAAAAAUAUUGAAAAUCAAUUUCAGGAGUAGCUGCGUCAUUUAAAAGCUCCUAAGCGUUUCUUGAUUUCACACAGAUGGAGAGCCAAAAGUUCCUGGCGGAAAACAGCGCCAGUGUGUACAUAAAGAAGGUGGAAGCCAGAAUCAAUGAAGAGAUUGAGCGAGUGAUGCACUGCCUGGACAAAUCCACAGAGGAGCCAAUCGUCAAGGUGGUGGAGCGUGAGCUCAUUUCCAAACACAUGAAGACCAUCGUAGAGAUGGAGAACUCGGGCCUGGUGCACAUGCUUAAAAAUGGCAAAACGGAUGGUAAGACUGCUGCAGGCUGGUGUUAUUUAAGCUGCAUGUCCUCAGUUUGUGUGGUGAGACCGGAGUUUGUUUUUCUUCUCAUACUGGUUAAGGAACCUGUGCAAUGUACAGUCAAAGUGUACCUUUCACUCAAAUGUCAAUGUCAAUGUCAGCUUUAUUUAUACAGCACAUUUAAAAACAGCCAGUGGCCUACCAAAGUGCUCCACAGUAAAAUAGCCAAAAACAAUAAAAGCAUAAAACAAAUAAAAGCAUAAAACAACAAUGUAGAUAAACAUAGCGAUUAAAUAAAAUACCCAAUAAAAGAAGCUAUGCUUCCCCAAAAGCUAAAGUCAACAGGUUCCUCUUCAGAAGGGUUUUUAAUUGUGGAAAGGCUGUUCUCAGUACGCACUGUCAGGGGUAAAGCACUCCACAAAGUGGGAGCCACGACAGAAAAUGCUCGAUCUCCUCUAGAUUUUAAAAAGGAUCGAGGAACGUCUAAAACCACCUGAUUUGCUGACCUCAGGGCUCUGGAGGACUGGCGCAAUUUAACAAGGUCAGACAGAUGUGAAGGGGUGUUCAAUGAAGCAUAUAAAUAUUAAUAAUUUACUGGCUCAUUUUUAUGAUCACAGUCUUUCCCUCUAUGAUGUCUCAAAUAUGAGGACUAGAGGGAUGUAAUUCAGAGGAUUAGAUUUCGAUGAUACAGAGACUGCAGUGUUGAAGCUUCAACCUUUAUGCGUGCACGGAGAAAAUAACACCUCCAGUGCAUCAGAGAUAUUUUGGUUCACUCCACGUAAAAUCAUUCUCCUCCUCAGCUGAUCGCAGCCGCUCUGACCUUUUCUCAUAUGUGUGUUUUUACUUACCCACCACAGACUUGGCGUGCAUGUACAAGCUGUUCAGCAGAGUUCCUAAUGGGCUAAAGACCAUGUGUGAGUGCAUGAGCUCAUACCUACGGGAGCAAGGCAAGGCCUUGGUGUCAGAGGAGGGAGAGGGGAAGAACCCUGUGGACUACAUCCAGGUAAGACGACACAUCAGAGUUCAUAUGUGAGUGAUGUUGUUUUCUUUUGGAUCUCCAGUGUUAAAUUAAUUUUGCUGCAAGAGUAGGAGGCACCUUUUGUAGUUGUCAUGUUCUCUUUAAACCCAACUUUUAAUUUUCGAGGUGAAUGUUAGAGAAAACUAGUUCUACCGCCGUAUCUGUAGAGAUUAGGCAGUCAUUUCUGUUGCCACAGGAUGCUUUAGCUCAGUAUUGGGCGCACAGCUUUGACAAAAAUGUGCUUUCACAACCUCCCAGAAGAGUGUUAACUGCUCUGACCCCCAGCGUCUGUGGCUACAACGAUCCCUGCCCUCAACCACACUGUGUUGUUGCACUUAAGUGAAUAACAUGUGAGGUCAUUCCAGCAGCUAGACAGAAGGCGCUUUACAGAAAAUCUCUUCAUGUUCAUUUUUCAGCUUUUCUAAAGCUUCGGUGUAAAAUAGUUGGUGCGGUUUUGCACUUCCACUCCUACGCUCAUGUUCUGGCUUCCUUCUCACUGACAGUUUUCCAAUUUCAUUUCUGAUGAGUGUUGUUUUCCUCGACUGAAGCCUCUGUUGGAGCUGUAGACACUCUGAUAAGCUACUGCCUAGUAAACCUGCCUCUGUGUUACCCCUUCUCAUCUCUGUUACUUUGGCUCCUCCCUGCAGGGUUUGCUGGACCUAAAGUCACGUUUCGACCGUUUCCUCCAGGAGUCAUUCAAUAAUGACCGGCUCUUCAAACAAACUAUCGCAGGAGACUUCGAGUGCUUCCUUAACCUCAACUCUCGCUCCCCGGAGUAUCUCUCACUCUUUAUUGAUGAUAAGCUGAAGAAGGGAGUCAAAGGGGUAACCAUCUUUGUCCUUCUAAUGAAAGAAGUACAGUGUAAUUGCAACCUGUCAAGGGACUGUGGAUGUAAAUUAGCUCAAAUGGAAACAUUUAUGUUUAAUCUGCACACAGUCCCUACAUGAAUAAAUUAAAUAAGCAAAUAAAUCUGUAUUAUUCACAAAGUUUGAAACACAGUAUUCUUCUCAUGUGCGGCCUGCUGUCGCUCCCUGGGUGUCAAAGUCAAUUGAAAGACGUUUAAUAAUUGAAUGCACAUGAUGUUGUUGUUUUUAUGUAGUUGACGGAGCAGGAGGUGGAGUCAAUACUUGACAAGGCCAUGGUGCUGUUCCGCUUCAUGCAGGAGAAGGACGUAUUUGAGAGGUACUACAAGCAGCACCUGGCCCGCAGGCUGCUCACCAACAAGAGUGUCUCGGACGACUCGGAGAAAAACAUGAUCUCAAAGCUCAAGGUGAGACGGAGUUUGUUAAAACUAAGUUUCAUUCUUUUUAGCGAAGUAAUGAAAGUUUGCUUGGGAUCAGUGGUUUUAUGCAGUUUAUUUCCCAACUGUGUUGAAAAUCUGCCCAUUCGAUCCUUGAUACCUUCUCUUCACAGUCCGCUAACAAAAAAGGUGUUACCUUACUUGAAGAGACACCUUUGUGUGGAAAAAGUAUUUAACAGUUGCUGUAGUGACAAAAUAAGUCCAGAGGAGACUUAAAGUGAGGAGUUAUUUUCCCAUUUGAUGCUUUAGUAAAUUGAUGAAGAUAAUCCAACCACCAUAUGAGCUCAGAUUUCUUUUCUAGACAACUUUUGAGAAACUGAAUUUGAUCUUCCUUCUGGUCUUCAUUACUCAGACGGAGUGUGGCUGUCAGUUCACCUCGAAGCUGGAGGGCAUGUUCAGGGAUAUGAGCAUCUCCAAUACCACCAUGGAUGAGUUUAGACAACAUCUACAGACCACAGGGGUGAGGAAACGCCACACGCCACGACUCAUUUUGUCAAACUAAUGAGCAAACUUGUUCUCUUUAAUCAGCGAACGGCUUCUUAACCGCCCGAGCAACGCCGCAUCGCUCUGUUACGUAACAAUAAUUACACACCUAACUAUCCGUAACUCAUGGAUACAUGGUGCUAAUUUCUGGCUUGCGCUGCUCUGUCACACAGCUUUUUGUCAACAGAGACUGAAUUUUUUCAUUUUAAUUUCCUGAAGUGAGUGCAAAUCUUGAUUAGAAGAAAAUAAAUUCACAGAACAUGCACACAUGCUGUAAUUAUCUUAAACAAAUGUGUCCGUGCUCUCUAUUGGAGUAGGUUCUGUUUAAGAGCAGCAUUAAAAAUGGUGUGUUAGCAGUGAGCUGCAAGAUUCCAUUUCAAAAUCAUCUGCUUAGACUAAAACCUGAUCGUGAGUCUCGUGUUUUUCCUAACCCUAGGUAUCACUUGGAGGGGUCGAUCUCACUGUGAGGGUCCUGACUACAGGAUACUGGCCUACACAAUCAGCAACACCCAAGUGCAAUAUCCCCCCUUCACCACGACAUGCAUUUGAAGUCUUUAGAAGGUUUGUUAGUCUUCAACCUUUGCAGAGAAAACAAAAGUUAUGCGGUUUAGUUUCUGAAAUCUCUCUCUGUGUGUGAUUCCAAAAAGGUUUUGUAAUAUUUCCUCCCUACUUGCAGGUUUUAUCUUGGCAAGCACAGCGGCAGACAACUCACACUGCAACACCACAUGGGCUCUGCAGAUCUUAAUGCCACUUUCUACGGCCCCAUCAAAAAGGUACUCUUUGCCAGAAAGCAGAAUAUCAGCAUUUCUUAAAAUACUGUGUGAUGUAAUCAUGCUAUACUGCGAUUCUGCUAAUGAUUCUCAAGGAUAUGCUGCAAAUACUUGACUCAUAAAGGCUUAAAAGCGUUGUAACAUUGUUAGAAUACAAAGAACAAUGCACAGUUCAAGGUGUGAUUAAAUACAUCGAGGACUAGUUUUGUUAAAUGGUAGAUACAAAUCUGCAACAGUGCUGCAAGACAGCUCCAUUGUCAUCACACCUUUGAGCAGGGUUAUCUCAAGAUGCUUCGCAAAAAAGCGGGUCUAGACCAUACUCUAUUUUAAAAGACCCAAUGUAAAGGUGGGACAAGAUUGAGCCCCAUCUAAUAAGAUCAGACCCACUCCCAUCCCAUCUUCAACCACAAGUGUAGCAAUUUAGCAAGUUACAGUGGAGGUGAAAAAAACUUCCUUUAAACAGGCAGAAACCUUGAGCAGAGAGACUCAUGUAAGACAGUCAUCUGCUGCUACUGCAUUGGGUUUAGAGAGGGGAUAGAGGGUGAUGUAUUUGUUUAAUGCACAAAGUUGAAACCAUGGCAUGAUGGAGCACAGGGACUCUCAGAAAAGACCAUGGUUCAUGACUCUUAUGGGACAUGAUGAUUUAAAGUUAAUGACUAGGACAGAAAGAGGAUAGAGAAAGGUGCUUAACCUUUCAAUUUACAGUAACAUAAUGAAGAACUGACCCAGGCCUGAACCAGCUCUAAAUAUAAACUUUAUCAAAAAGGAAAGUGUUAAGCCUACUCAUGCAGAAGGUGUCUGCCCCUUGCACCUGGACUGGUAGAUGAUUCCAGAGGAGAGGGGCCUGAUAACUGAAAGCUCCACCACCCAGACUACUUAUUUAAGACUUUAGGCACAAUGAGCAGGCCUGCAUAUUGGUAGCCUGGCUGAGCCAUCCUGUUGCGUGAGUCACUUGACGUUCCUUCCCAGUUCCCUGUUGUGGGAAGGAACGUCAAGUGACUCACGCAACAGGAUGGCUCAGCCAGGCUAGCAUAUUGGGACAGCAAUGCUCUGGUGGGGUUAAAUGGAACUAUGAGCUCUUUUAGAUAUGAUGCUUCCUGACCAUGAGGAGCCUCAAAGAACAGAAGAAGAAUUAUAAAUCCUACUCAAUUUAAUGGGAUGCCAGUGUAGAGUAACUAAUACAGGACAGAUGUGCUCUCGUCUCCUGCCUCUGGUCAGUACUCGGGUUGCAGCAUUUUAACUCGGAGCAGAGCUUCAUGUAGCCACACGUUCACAUACACAGCGCUGUUCUUCCCUGCCUUUCUCUGCUGGCUGACAGUAAUCCUGUCAUGGCUUCUCUAAUCAUGUCUGAUGCAGAGACACAUCGGUGGUACAAUUCGGUUCCCCCAUGUUAUUUCUGUGACAUUAAUAUUAUCAAUGGAAUUAUUGUGCCUUUUAAUGAAAAGUGUUACUUUUUUCCAGCUCUCAACAUAGUCAGUAGUUGUGACAAUUUCUCAUGAGAAUAAGAUUUCUUUUCACAUGGCUUUCAAAAGUAAUAUUAAUGAUGUGGGAACCGGGAUGUGUGUUUUGAGGAUCUUUUAUAUUUCAUCUCAACAUGCCAACAGGAGGACGGCUCAGAAGUUGGGGUAGGAGGAGCUCAGGUAACAGGAUCCAACACCAGGAAGCACAUCCUGCAGGUCUCCACCUUCCAGAUGACCAUCCUCAUGCUUUUUAACAACAGAGAGAAGUCCACCUUUGAGGUACAAUAUUUCAAUCUUCAAAACGCUGCCUAAUCUAAUCUUCCUAUUUUAACUUCAAAAUAAUUUGAUCUCCAAAAAAGAAAAGAAAAAAAGUAUUUGAUUGACCAUUGUGCCCCGAAAUCUGAUCUCCAAACUCUGUAGGAGAUUCAGCAGGAGACAGACAUCCCAGAGAGGGAGCUGGUUCGAGCAUUGCAGUCUUUGGCCUGUGGGAAACCCACUCAGAGAGUUCUGACCAAGGAGCCCAAAUCAAAGGAGAUAGAGAAUGGCCAUGUGUUUACAGUCAAUGACCAGUUUACCUCCAAACUGCACCGUGUCAAGAUCCAGACAGGUACAUCAAAUCAUAAAGUUUAAAUCGUAUUUUCCCCUGACUGAAUUUCUGAUAAAUCUUUGCUGUAUAUGUAGAGCUUGGGCUCACAGAAUAUUGAGAAAAACUCCUUUGGUAUUGUCUAAUCCUGGUGUCAUAUCAUGUCUCAUUUUACAGUAAAAAAAAACAAAGGUUGUGAAUAUCACCUUUUGAGCUCAUGAAAGAGUUUAUUAAGAGCAUUUACUUGAAAGCGAAUGUGUUUUACCUCGGUCACAUUGUUCUGUUUUUCAUCUAUUUUUCUGUUUUGUGCACAACCCAGUGGCUGCUAAACAGGGCGAGUCAGACCCAGAGAGGAAGGAGACACGACAGAAAGUGGACGAUGACAGAAAGCAUGAGAUUGAGGCUGCCAUCGUUCGCAUCAUGAAAUCCAGGAAGAAGAUGCAACAUAAUGUCCUAGUAGCAGAGGUACGUUAGCUGAAAUGAUUCUAAUUUUGAAUUUUGUCCCCCAGAAAAAGCAAAAAAAUGUAGAUGUAAACAAUAACAGGAUGGAGAAAAAAGGCUGAUUUUUGUGUUUCUGUCUCUACAGGUAACGCAGCAGUUGCGAGCACGAUUUCUCCCUAGUCCUGUUGUUAUCAAGAAGCGCAUCGAAGGACUCAUUGAGCGGGAAUAUUUGGCACGAACACCAGAGGACCGAAAAGUGUACACCUACGUAGCAUAAAAAUUCAAUGAAAGUUAACAUGGAGUUAAGAGCAACUGAGAGCCUUGUUUUUUGUGGACUGCCAUGGGUUUGAAAGAACUUGGAAGCGCUUUCAUCAUUGAUUCUGGGAAACACUGGGAAGCUUAACUUUUCUUCCAUAAAAAUGUGUAAAAAAAAGAAAAAAAAAAACAUGCAAAAGCUGGUGAAGUUGUCUGGCAUUGUUAGGUUACUGCUGAGAAAAAAAAAAAAAGAAAGGAGUGGAUCUAGUUUUGUACAAAUUAUGUUAUAUGUGGCCUUUGGAAAGAAUUUGGGAAGCCUGUCUGACAAUUAACUAUAUUCCGUCGAGAAUGAGAGUGAACAUGUUCAAGCAAAUGUGCGGCUACCUGGCGACCAAGAAAACAUUUGAAUCACUCCCCUGUUUUAAAUGUUGAUGUCACUGUGUUCUGUUUAUUUUCCCUUUUUUUAUUUUCUUUUUUUUUUUCGCUGGCACAUAGAUGGCUGUACAGGUGGGCAGACACUCUUGGCCUUUUCUUCCCAAACGUGUUCUCAAUUGAAAGAAGAAGAGGAAGAAAGUAGAGACUGGUGCAGACCUGGUUUAGAACAGCUGUACAAACACAUUUUGAGUACUUGGGAAAUCAUCAAGAGUGCUUAACUUAUGUUGCAGUUUUCUGUUUUUUGAGGUUUUCCUUUUUAUAUCCGAUACAAACUAAGUGCACCUCACGUCGCUUCAAUAUUUAAUGCAAAUUUCAAUGUUUUAGCCGGGUCUGUACUAGUACAUAGAGAGAUUAAGAGCUGUAGCUUCACAGCAUGUUUUUAUCUGGCGGAUCGAUCCGGGGAAAACGACACACAAAAGCUCCAUAAACAGUGUUUGGUCUCUCAUGACACAUUUCUCACCUUAGGCCUGUUGUAUGAUUGGCCAAUAAAUGUGUCUCCUCUCUUUGAAUGGAAGGUUCUCUUGUGGUUUCAGAGAGGAGUCUUGCUCAUUCUCGACUGCAUUUUAAAUGGAUUAAACUAGUCCAGCACCGUGGUCUAAAGUGUACAAAUUGUAAAAUAAUAAUUGUACUCACUGCAAAGGUGGAUUGUACAGGGCCUUGUUUUCAUCAUAUUAAAUGUAGAAUAAAAAAAAGAAGGGAUGGGGUGCCUUGUCUUUUAACUUUGAUCAAGGAAAGACCUUGGAAAGCUAGCCUUGACCAUCAUGUAAAUUCACUGUUGAUGGGCAGCCACUAUCCAACUGUGGUGCAUCUUUAAUCUCUACAUUCUGUGCACUGUUCUGUUCAGAGUCUACUGUAUAGGUUGCACUGGUGAUAAAACAUUGAGAGGUGUUUGAAUAUUUAGCUUUUGAUAUAAAGUUAGUGGAAACAAAUUGAGAGGA